GCUGUACAUUUUAAUCUGUGGCACGUUUCGAGUUAAUUUCUGUACAAGAUGUGAAGAUUAGGAUGGGUUUUUUGCGGAAGUCUUCCAUCCGUACCCCCCACCCCCGUCCCCAUCCUGGAGUUGGACAGUAGGGACUGGGGACACCAGCCUUCCCUUGCCUGGCCACGUGGUCCUGGCUCCCACGCCUGCCUCUGCCCAGAUUCCAGGGGCCCGGAGCCUUCUGGACCCACUGACACCUGCUUUUUCUGGCCUCUGUUUCCUGAGUGGGACCUGGUCUGGGGGAGGAGGGAAGCAGAGCCAGCUGUGAAGUGGGCAAGCCCAACUGGCUGUCCCUCCCCCUCCUGCCCAGCCCGAGCCCCAGACAGGCUGCAGCUCCAGGACCCACUUAUCUCAGUGCUCUGUGGUGGGAGGCUACGGAUCGCGGUCCCUACCAUACCCCUUCCCUGCUCUGGAUCCCCGCUGAGGGACCCAUCCCCCCGCCCCUCCAGGACUGUAUUCCAGAGGACACAACCAUCUUGAGGCGCUUGGACAGCACUCAGGAAUUCCAGAGCAGCUGAGUCCCACGUCAACAGCAGUGAGGGCCACUUCCUGCCACCCACAGACCUGGCCUUUAGGCUGCUCCGAAGCCAAUGAACCCCAUGCACCCCGUGAAACCCGCCCUGCCCCCCACACCACACGGUGAUGGUCCAUUUGCUUACGAGUCGGUGCCUUGGCAACAGAGCGCCACUCAGCCCGCGGGAUCGCUGUCGGUGGUCACGACCGUGUGGGGCGUUGGCAACGCGGCCCAGAGCCAGGUUUUGGGGAACCCCAUGGGCCCUGCAGGGAGCCCCCCCGGCAGCUCCGUGAUGCCCGGCAUGGCCGGCAGCGGCUCUGCCCUGAAUUCCCCGCAGUGCCUUGGGCAGCAGGCAUUUGGUGAGGGUGCCGCCAGCAAGGGCUUCGUGCAGCAAGGGGUGUAUGGCCGCGGGGGCUACCCCGGGGGCCCCGGCUUCACUACUGGGUAUGCGGGCGGCCCAGGGGGCCCCGGGGGCCUGGGUCUGCCCUCACAUGCCGCACGACCCUCCACCGAUUUCACUCAGGCAGCGGCGGCGGCCGCGGUGGCUGCUGCUGCGGCCACCGCCACGGCCACCGCCACGGCCACCGUGGCCGCCCUCCAGGAGAAGCAGAGCCAGGAGCUGAGCCAGUACGGAGCGAUGGGGGCCGGGCAGGCUUUUAACAGCCAGUUCCUGCAGCACGGAGGUCCCCGGGGGCCCAACGUCCCCAGCAGCAUGAACCCUGCCAGCGUGGGAGGGCUGCUGGGCCCCUCUGGCAUGAGCCCCAUGGGCAUGAACCCCACCCGGGCCGCGGGCAUGGCACCCCUGUAUGCAGGGCAGCGCCUGCCCCAGCACGGGUACCCUGGGCCUCCCCAGGCCCAGCCACUGCCCCGACAGGGGGUCAAGAGAGCCUACUCUGGUGAGGUUUAUCCGGGGCAGCAGUACCUGCCAGGAAGCCAGUAUGGGCCUAGCGCCACCCAGUACGCGCCUGGCGCCGGGCAGCCUCCCGCCCCCUCCUCCUACCCCGGGCACCGGCUGCCCCUGCAGCAGGGCAUGGGCCAGUCCCUGACCGCCUCUGGCCCUGCGGGACUGCACUACAAGCCUGCAGAGCAGUUCAACGGUCAGGGCACCAGUUUCAACGGGGGCAGCGUCAGCUACAGCCAGCCUGGCCUGAGUGGGGUACGGGCAGACGGACGGGAGGCUAACAGGGUGGGCACAUGGAGAGAGGGCGCCCGAGCAGGAGGAAGUGUGGGUGGCCAGCCAGACCCUCUCGGGGCUGCCCCCUGCCCGAUUCUGUCUCGACUGUUCCCGGCGGGUGCUCCAAGAACAAACUCCACCCCCCACCAUUCCACCUUGACUGUUUGCUCGACCCCACAGCCCACCCGUUCCAUUCCUGGCUACCCCAGCUCCCCACUGCCGGGGAGCCCCACGCCGCCCAUGACCCCCGGCAGCAGCGUCCCCUACAUGUCCACCAGCCAGGAGGUCAAGUCUCCCUUCCUGCCCGACCUCAAGCCCAGUGCGAGCUCCUUGCACCCGUCACCCCCCGUUGCCCAGGUGCAGGCGGUCGGCUCACAACAGCACGGCCCGCUCCCAGGCAGCGGCCCCUGUGACGAGCUGCGGCUGACCUUCCCUGUGCGCGACGGGGUGGUCCUGGAGCCCUUCCGCCUGCAGCACAACCUGGCCGUGAGCAACCACGCCUUCCAGCUCCGCGACUCCGUCUACAAGACCCUGAUGCUGAGGCCCGACCUGGAGCUGCAGUUCAAGUGCUACCACCACGAGGACCGGCAGAUGAACACCAACUGGCCGGCCUCGGUGCAGGUCAGCGUCAACGCCACCCCACUGACCAUCGAGCGCGGCGACAACAAGACGUCCCACAAGCCCCUGUACCUGAAGCAUGUGUGCCAGCCGGGCCGCAACACUAUCCAGAUCACAGUCACAGCCUGCUGCUGCUCCCACCUCUUCGUGCUGCAGCUCGUGCACCGGCCGUCCGUCCGCUCGGUGCUGCAGGGUCUCCUCAAGAAGCGUCUCCUGCCCGCCGAGCACUGCAUCACCAAGAUAAAGCGCAACUUCAGCAGCGGCACCAUCCCCGGCACGCCAGGGCCCAACGGCGAGGACGGGGUGGAGCAGACGGCCAUCAAGGUGUCCCUCAAGUGCCCCAUCACCUUCCGCAGGAUCCAGCUCCCCGCCCGCGGUCACGACUGCCGCCACAUCCAGUGCUUUGACCUGGAGUCCUACCUACAGCUCAACUGUGAGCGGGGGACCUGGAGGUGCCCCGUGUGCAACAAGACGGCGUUGCUGGAGGGGCUGGAGGUGGAUCAGUACAUGCUGGGGGUCCUCAUUUACAUUCAGAACUCCGAUUACGAGGAGAUCACCAUCGACCCGACGUGCAGCUGGAAGCCGGUGCCUGUGAAGCCCGACGUGCAUGUGAAGGAGGAGCCCGACGGGCCGGUGCUGAAGCGCUGCCGCACCGUGAGCCCCGCCCACGUGCUCAUGCCCAGCGUCAUGGAGAUGAUUGCAGCCCUGGGCCCCGGGGCCGCCCCCUUCGCCCCCCUGCAGCCCCCCUCGGCCCCGGUCCCUGGCGACUAUCCCAGCCAGGGUUCCGGCUUCCUGGGACCCGGGACCUUCCCGGACUCCUUCCCGCCCACCACGCCCAGCACCCCGGCCCUUCCUGAGUUCACCACAGGGCCGCCCCCCAGCUCCUACCAGUCUGACCUUCCCAGCAGCCUCCUGACACCGGAGAAGUCUGCCCCCUGCCUCCCAGGGCAGAUGGCACCAGCGGGCCACCUGGACCCGGCCCACAACCCUGGGCCGCAGGGGCUACACGCCCCCAGCCUUGGGGGGCCCCCGGGGCCCCAGCUGCACCAUCCAAACCCUCCCCCAGCAUCCCGGCAGCCCCUGGGCCCAGUGAGCUCGGGCCCCAUCGGCGAGCUGGCCUUCAGUGCGGCCACAGGCGUGAUGGGGCCCCCCAUGUCUGGGGCGGGGGAGGCCCCAGAACCAGCCCUGGACCUGCUCCCAGAACUGACCAACCCCGAGGAACUGCUGUCCUACCUGGGCCCACCCGACCUCCCCACAAACAACAAUGAUGACCUGCUCUCUCUCUUCGAGAACAACUGAUCCUGUAGACCCCAGCCAGCCGGCGGGGACACGCCCACAGAUGUCACCAUGCCCUGCCCCACCCCACCUGCAUACCAGAAGCCAGGGCCUGUCCCCCCCACCCGGCCCCUGACACUGGAGGCAGCUGUGCUGGGUGGGAGGGGGCCCUAAGUGGACCCCCUGACCCCCUCUCUGCUGCGGAAUGGUGUUUGAUGAGAUGCUCAGCCCCGCCCCCAUCCACCACCUGCCCUGCCCCCCACCAGCCCGGCUUUACCCCUGUCCAUACGCACCUGCUACCCUGACCUCAGGCCUCGCCCCUGGUCCCUCCAGCCCUGCCUGCUCCCACCAGCCUGAAUCUUGUCCAGCGUUGACCCUUAUGUUUUGACCCCCUUGGCUCACUGGCGAGAGCAGGGCUGCUCUGUCCUGAGUCUGAGCUCGCAGUGGGAGGGGGAUCCCUCUUCCCACCCGAGGCUUCAGGCCGAGGCUGCAGGGUGGGGAACUCUAAAGCACAACGAUGUACAUAGUGUAGGAGCAGUAGGAGGUACGGACAGCCAGUCCCUCCUGUGCUGCCAGGGACCCCGCGGGCUCCUGCCCUCCUGGGUGCACACAGCGGGGGGCGGGGUGCUGAGACUCUGUACAAAUUCUCCAGCGGGCUGCUCCUCCGAGGUCCCCUUUUCCGUGAAAGUGAAGAAUCAGUCUCGCUGUGUUUUUUAAAACUGCCUCUCCCGUGUCUGCCCUGGGGUCAAGCCAGACGGGGGAGGAGGAGCCAACGCACCCACUGGCCCACGGCCGAGUUGUGUCCCCUGUCUGCCCGUCUCCAUUAAAGGACUCCCUCACGGUGGGCC